AUGAGCGAGGUUCCGUGUGAGGUUUUGACCGCAGUCUCAUGGUCAAAAUGGGAUGCGGUGGUGAUGGGGUUGGGGACGACGAUGUCGUGGCAGUCGAGCGAGGUCGACGUGUGGUCAUGGGGAGAUGGGGGAGAAGAAAUCCCAAUUGGAGGGGGGCUGGCAUCAAUCCCAUAA